ACACACUGGUUAAUCAUCCACUUACCGACAGGGAGACAGAGAGAGACGCCACCUGAGCAGCUGAAGGAAAGACUCUAAGAGAAACCAACGAGUUGAAGGAGGGAUUAUUGGAUUUACACCUGAGGGAGGCUCACAGAAAUCUGAGGCCUGAUUGUCCUCCUGUCCUGUCCUUCUUCGGUUCUAGUAACCACAGCUACUUGAGCUAGUCGGUGAGGUAAUAUGUACCUUCUGCAAGAACUGUUCUGUUUUUGGAUCCAAUCAUGGGUGUGAGAAGGGGCCAAACGGGGCCCUGGUGUCAUCUGGGAUGCCAGCUGCAGCAGUGAAGCCCACUCUGGAGAAGAUGGUCACGGAAGGAGGGGGCAUCGAGGAGCGGGGUGUGGAUCAGUGGGAAGCCUCAGGACUCCAUGGGGAGCCGCUGCCCUUACCUUCCCUGAAAGUCCCCAGAGACCUGCUUAGGAGCUUCCCUCACUCCAAGCGGGUCGGCUCCUACCUGAUCGGAAAGAUGAUCAACAAGGGCUCUUUUGCCAAAGUGAUGGAGGGGCUGCAUAUUGCCACAGGGGAGAAGGUGGCCAUUAAGGUGAUAGACAAGAAAAAAGCCCGCCAAGACUCCUAUGUGCUGAAAAACAUGAAAAGGGAACCUCGCAUUCAUCAAAUGGUCCGACAUCCACAUAUUGUAGUUCUUCUAGAGACCCUGGAGACGGAGAACAGUUACUACAUGGUCAUGGAGCUGUGUGCAGGAGGAGACCUGAUGGACCGGAUCUGUGACAGUAAAAGGCUGGAGGAGAGGGAGGUGCGGCGCUACACCCGACAGAUUCUGUCUGCAGUGGACCACCUGCACAAACACGGCAUCGUGCACAGAGAUUUAAAGAUAGAGAACUUCCUCCUGGAUGAGCAUAACAACAUUAAAAUCGUAGACUUUGGCCUUAGCAACACCCUGAAGCCAGACUCUUUACCUCAGGAGCUCCUUAGCACGCAGUGUGGAAGCCCUGCAUAUGCUGCCCCUGAACUGUUGGCUCAUAAGAAGUAUGGAUCCAAAGUGGAUGUCUGGUCCAUAGGUGUGAGCAUGUUUGCCAUGCUGACAGGGACCCUACCCUUCACUGUUGAACCUUUUAACAUCAAGCAGUUGCAUCAGAAGAUGGUGAAUAAGGACAUUACCAACAUCCCUGAUGACAUCAGCAAAGAUGCUGUGUCAUUCAUGAUGCUUCUCCUGGAGCCAGACCCAGAUAAAAGACCCAGUGUCAGAGAUGCAAUGGGAGAGAGAUGGAUCAGCGAAGGAUUUGCCAGGAAACCUUUACACACUGUCUCACAUAAAAACAGGUUAUGCCAAGAAGAUCUUAACUCAUCUGUGCUGGCUUACAUGACAGAGACUCUGGGGUAUUCCCUCUCUGAAGUCAUAAACAUGGUCACCACCAACAGACCGUCAGCCAUCAUGGCUUCCUAUCAUCUGCUGCUUAACAAGUUCAGCCGAAGCCACAGAGGAGCCAAGGCUGGCAAGAAGCUGCAGAAAAACGACUGGACUCCUUCAAGCAAGACUACCUGGAGAUACAGACGCAACACUGAAGCAAAGACUCAGCAUCAGAACCCACCAAAGAGUGAGAAAAGCUUGAAGCAGUCCAACAAAUUGUUAAAGGUCCAGCAGACGAGCAAGAGUCAGAACAGAAGGAAGACCACAGAGUUGCAGAGGAAGGCUCACCUUGAGGAUGAUGAGAACCGCCCACCAUCUCCUACUUUGCCUCACCUUCCUCACUCUGCCUCCCCCCCUUUACCCUCACACCUUCCCUCCCCAUUCCUUUCACCUGACCCUCUGUCCACAGAGGAUGGGACGACUGAUGAAGAGGUAACCAUCUCUGUGAACACCAGAGAGAACCUGUUUCCUGAAGUGUCAGUGUUUGGAGACAGGGAACUGGUCCAUCUUUGCCCUCCGAAAAGCUCAACAUCACAGCUCUGUGACUCCGCUCCUUGCCAAGUUCCCCUACCGGCCGAGCCAAUCCAAGAUGGCAUCGCGUCCAGACCAGCCCAACACACACACCCACUCAGGACAACUCAGUCGGACGGAGCCGCAGACUCUGGGUCAGACUGCUUCCAGGACAAAUACCACCAGGAGAACUCCCAUCACCUUAGCAUCAAUGAAAGACUGGAAAAGCUGCAGACUUUUUACUCCUAUGAGAAAAACGACAUCUCUUCCAGAAUUAUCCUGGAGGCUGGAGCCUUACUCUCAGCAGACAGAGGGCAGCUGAGUUCCACCCAGGCAUCACAGAUGUCCCCCUCCGCUCGCCUGCCUCGCCUGAGCAACUUCGGGCUUAAAGAUGGCCGAGGAAGGAAGGUGACAUGGGCAGGUUUGAGUCGACCUGGACCUCCUAGACUUCUGGUAAAUGGGUCAAAACCACCAGUUCUGUCUUCACAAAAACAACAUCCUUUAAUCAUGAAGAGCAUCAGACAGGAGAGGGGAAGGAGAAAAGAGAUCAUUGGAGAAAGAGGAAGCGAGGGGCCAAGAGAAGGCAUCGACGGAGACAAGAGGAACUCUGUUCAGUUACGUUCAUCUCCUCAGCGGCGGGUGGCAGACCUGAACCUGCCGCUGCUCCCUGAUGCCCUGCAGGGGAAAGCUGACAGGAAGAACCAGCUGCAUAGUAUGGACUACUGACAUGAAUGGGAGCAUCAAUAAAAAGGUUAAUGAAAAGUUCAAGAAUGGCUGGUGGAAGUCAGAGAAGUAAUUAAUACAAGAAAACUGUGUAGAAAUAGGAACCAGAUAAAAUUUCAAUGAACAACCAUAAAUGGCAGCUACAGAACUGUACAGCCUUAAAGCUACAGUAAGUCCUAGAUACACUGUUCUAUUCAUGCCACACUCAGACAAACAUUGUUUAUUUUUUUUAUCUUUAUUUGCAGUGCCAAAAAUACUUCACCUCAUGCCUCAGCUGCUGAAAACGGCCUUUAAAAGACUUUGGUUUAUGUCACGGGAAACAUUUGAACAUCUAAAAUGUUACCAGAUCGCUGUUCAGAUUUUGUUUCAAACUUUUUUCCUAUACACAACCUCUGAUGUCAAGAGAGUAAAUGAUAUACUUAAAAUAAAGAAUGUAAUGUCAUCUAAACAUCUGCUUUCAGAAUGGAGUAGUGAUUUACCCUAUCAUACAUUUUCUAUAAUCGCUGUUCAGGGAUUAGUGCUUAUCUGCAGCGAUCAGUGGCUGAGCUGCCAAUCAGAUAUACGUAUAGCUAACACAGAAAAAACAAGACAAGCAUUCACAUACACACACACUCAUACGUAUAAACAUACAACUCAGAAUUAAAUAUUUAACUUGUCUACUUUCCUCUAAUAGAAACUGAAGAGAAUAUACACACGCAGGUAGAAAAUAUGGACUCCACUCAACAACCAUUUACACUCAUUAGAUAAUAGGAAUUAGAUGGGAUUUAGAUUGAUCCCUGUUAGUUUCCAGUUUCAUCCCUGCUGCAUUAGAAUGGCUCUUAACAGGUUUAGAUAUCACAAUAUCUUGAAUAUCUUUCAUAACUCAACCUUCCCUGUGUUUUUAUUUGUUUGACUGAAUGUUAAAGUACUUCAGUCUUCUCAACAUUUGUGUUGAGAAGACUGAAAAACUCUGAUUUAAUGAAAAACUGAAUCUCUGACUUGAAAAGUUGGACAUUUCUCACUAACCUCACCUCAAAGUUAAAUAUGGCCCACAAGCCUUUAAUACUCAACAACACAGCCAGUGUUUAUUUACACUUCAAGGAUGUUUUUUAUUUCCUCAGAUCAGUCCCAGACAUGUGCAGAACUCUUCUGAAAAUGCAACAUUUUGGAGUAAGUGCCAAAGAUGUAGGGUUAUCAAUUGUGAUAUUAAUAGCUGCAUGGCCAACUGCUGAAAAGGCAGCCAGGUGAGCAACUCACUGACCAUGGCGACAUAGCAUGGGAUGUGCUCUAUAUCUUAUGUCCUGAUGCUUUGGCGAAAAUCUGAAGUAGAAAUGAAUGAAGUAAAGAUAUAUCACCAUCAGUUGGCCAUUACAACAGUUGGUUAGCAUGUAGACUGGCUGAUGAAGAGGAGACAGGGAUAGAUAUAUCUAAAAAGAAGAAACUGCUCCUCUGUAUGCUUAAAGAAACACAUUCUUGCUUGUUAUGUGUUCUUAAAAUUGCAUAAUGACAAAUAAAUCACUUGUUAAACUUAGUGAGUUAGCCACUUACAAACCACAUUGGUCAUUUAAAAAUACCCCAUUCCCAGAUCUGGUAUCUGGUGCAAAUAAAACUUUAGCAGCAAAAAUACUUUCAAAAUACUUUAUUAAAAAUUAGUCAACUGAUUUUAAACAAUUGAGUAAAAACUGUCCUUAAAUCUUCAUAGUUAAAGUUUGGUUACAGUAAAAUUGUUAUUUCUAAUUAAAUUGUGUUGGAGUUUGGAUCAUUUGAAACAUUUUCACAGAGCUGCCAUUGGCUUAAAGAGCAAAUUGACCUACAUACCUGUUCAAUAUUUAUGAUUGCCUACAUAUAAAGGUCUUUGGAUCUCACACACCUGGACGUGCCAGAUGCAUGUUAUAUGAUGUAGCAUAAAUCCUUUAGAAAUCAAUCCGGUCACAGGUGAAGGUCUAUGGAUCAUCAAUAUUUAGAUGCAAAGAUGUGGAGGAAUCUGGUGCUGAAUAAUUCACCCUCUGUCACAUGAUAUUGUGUUUUUUUUUAGUUGUGUGUGUAAACCUAUGUGUGUGCUGCAGGGAGGCGCUUGUCCUAUGAGGACGGAUUGAACCCACUCAGGUGGAUAUAUCACCCACUCCAGUUACCUCUGGAGUGAUAUGAACCACUAAGCUCUGAUACUAUAUCAGACAUGAAAACAAGCUGAUGUUACACAAUACUGCUACAUUAUCAAGGACCAGGCUGUCAGUAAACAUGUACAGAUAGGUAGUCUCUAAAGAUCACCAGAGAAUCUUUUUUAUUAUAAAGUAAAUUCAAAGACAUAUAUUUACAUAAUUUUCUGCUGUUAGCAUCAUGCAUUUGAUUAUUGCACCAGUUUGAUUUUAAAGAGAAGAUGUUGGCUGAUUGAAAAAGGUGACUUCCUUCUUCAGUCAGAAAGUUAAGAUUAGACUGAAUCUGAACGGAAUGGAGAUGAAAGAAAAUGGCUUGGAAAAUCAAUCAAUAAUGCAGGUUGCACAUGAAGAUGGAUCCAUGACUGCCGGAACAUUGUGUGCACGCUACGCUGAGCGUUGGUCUCUCUGCACGUGACGAGCUUUCAACAAUGACUCGACCUUCUAAACUGUGUCAGUGGUUGAUCUGUCGCCCUAAUGCUAAUAAGACCUUUAAUCUUUCUUAAUUUGUUUCAAAUAACCCAAUUGUAUUCCAACAUAAUUUGCGACUGGAUUUAGUAGAUUUAAAAAACAAACAUU